AGGUGUGUCCUGUUGCCUUGAGCCACGUGACGUCACGAAUACCUGAGCCAGGCAGACAGGAAAGAGGAGAGAGCCGGGCAGUGUGAGGAGGGAUCGGGACAGAGAGGGGCUCUGAGGAGGAGCGAACUCGGAACCCCCACUCACUGUAUGUGUGUGUGGGUAAUAGGCUGAGAGCUGCGCUCAGGUGGAGGGUUUUCCUUGUCUUUCAGAUAAUGGCAUUGCACCCACGCCGUGUUCGGCUAAAGCCAUGGUUGGUGGCUCAGGUGGACAGCGGAAUGUAUCCAGGUCUGGUAUGGCUAGACAGGGAUGCAAAGAGAUUUCAAAUACCAUGGAAACAUGCAACACGUCAUAGCCCUCAGCAUGAAGAGGAGAACACCAUUUUCAAGGCAUGGGCUGUAGAGACUGGUAAAUAUCAAGAAGGAGCUGAUGAUCCUGAUCCAGCAAAGUGGAAGGCCCAGUUGCGCUGCGCGCUUAACAAAAGUCGAGAAUUUAAACUAAUGUAUGAUGGAACCAAAGAAGUUCCUAUGAACCCCGUUAAAAUCUAUGAGGUCUGUGACAUACCUCAAUCCCAAGGCCCAAUCCUAAACCCAGGUUCUACUGGUUCUUCACCAUGGGAUGACGAGGAGUAUGAAGAGGAUGAUAUAAGUCAGUCACAGAUGCAUGUCUCAAUUCAGGAGCCCUUUAAUGGAUUAAAAAUCAAUGGUUUGUAUUCCCCCAUGGCCCCAGCAAGCUUAGAGAGCUGUACUCCUGAACCAGACUGGCCAAAGUCGGAACCGCAAGACAUGGAGGUUCCCCAGACCCCGUCAGGGGUGGAUCUUUUUGGGUCUCCAGAAUUGUGGAUUAGCUCCCUACCUAUGACUGAUCUUGAGAUCCAGUUCCUCUACCGGGGUAAAGAAAUGGGUCAGACAAUGACUGUUAGUAACCCUCAAGGCUGCCGGCUUUUUUAUGGUGACCUAGGUCCAAUGCCAAACCAAGAAGAACUUUUUGGUCCCACCAGUCUGGAGCAAGUGAGAUUUCCAGGCCCAGAGCAGAUUUUAAAUGAGAGGCAGAAGUUGUACACUAGCCGUCUGCUAGAUGUCAUGGACAGAGGACUUAUCUUGGAAGUUAGUGGGCAUGCCAUCUAUGCUGUUCGACUUUGCCAGUGCAAGGUUUACUGGUCAGGACCAUGUUCUCCUUCACCAAAUACUCCGAAUCUGAUUGAGCGCCAGAAGAAAGUGAAACUUUUCUGUUUGGAGACCUUCUUAAGUGAACUAAUUUGUCAUCAAAAAGGAAGUGGAGCUAAGCAGCCUCCAUAUGAAAUUUACCUGUGUUUUGGAGAAGAGUGGCCUGAUGGUAAACCAAAGGAGAGGAAGCUGAUUAUUGUGCAAAUCAUUCCAGUGGUCGCUCGGAUGAUUCUUGAGAUGUUCUCUGGAGAUGUCACUCGAUCCUUUGAAAGUGGAAGUGUCCGCUUACAAAUUUCUGUUCCUGAUAUUAAGGAUAACAUUGUUGCCCACCUCAAACAGCUUUACCGCCUCCUACAGAAUCACCAGGGUGCAGACCCAUGGCCAAUGUUACCACAUCAGAACAUGCAGCAGUCAAAUCUGCACCCUUCAAGCCUACAUAUCGCUCAGGCACUGCAAGCUCAAUGAUGCCAAGGAUCAGAACUUUGUACAUUAUAAACUGGAAACUCUCCUUACCCAGCAUGGUAGUUGGGGCUGUUGAGGCAUACAUCACUUUGACUUUUUCUUGCUUUAAGGAUGACUUUCAGUUUUCUUUUUAAUCAUGAAAAGCAGACUCCUUGUACAUUAAUGCAGUCAGCUUCAUUGGUCUGUUUGUACAUGCUUGAGUCAAAUGAGUACUUGCCCUAUGUUUAUAGUAGCAUUCACUGAAAUGUCUACAGAGGACUUUUGUAAAUGUAAAAUAUCUAACGCUACAUUUAAUGAAAAAUGUAAUUCAAAACGUAUUAAUUUGAGAGUUUAAGGGUUAGAGCAUGGAUGCUCAACCUGUGGCCUUCAGCUGUUGUGGAAGUACAAGUCCCAUGAGGCGUUGCAUGACUGACCGUUACAAGCUUGACUCGCAGAGGCAUGAUGGGACUUGUAGUUCCGCAACAGCUGGAGGGCCACAGGUUGAGCACCCAUGGGUUAGAGGUAUCUAACCUUAUACUUUUUUUGCAGGCUUGCUGUUUAGAUCAGUGAAGAUGCUCAAAUGAUAGUGCCUUUAAUGAUAUUUUUUGCCUUGUUUCCUGCUUAUCAGUUCUCCGGUAAAGUCAGUAGUGCAUUAAUGUUAUUCUAUUCUAACCGGAGCAGUGCAAAGAAAGAGAGAGAUCCUUGAAUGGAACUUUGACUUGUUUUCAGCAAUCUAUAACCAGCAAGUGCCUCAAGAAAGCUGGAUUUUCUAUGGCAUGAUUUUUCUGCAGAUUUUAUUGUGGUUUGAAGUUCAUACAUAUUUAUUUCUUUUAAUGUGCCAGAAACCAUUAUCUCCAGGUUUUAUGUUUUUGUUGGUUUGACUGCAGUAUAUGCAGAAGAAUGCAAAGCAAGCUUUUGUAGAGCACAAUAAUUAUUCUUCCAAUACCGUUGUUCUACUCUCCUUUUUUAAAAUGUAGAUUUUUUUUUUUUUUGUAAAGAGUAAAUGUCUUAAUUGCUUUCCUACUCGCUGUAUUAUAUUUUCCUUCUACUUGCUACUGAUGUCAUCUGUAGCCAUCCCUAUUCUGGAGCUCAGAGUAAAAAAGAAACCUGUGUAAACCCACUAUUGGUCUGUGUAGAAGCUAUUGCAAAACUAAUAACCCCCUUUCCUUCCUGCAAAUGUCCCCAGAAACCACUGCCAGCACUGGGAGACCCUUUUUGAAUGAUGACAAGCACAUUUGCACAAUAUGUCGCUAAAAAGCCCCCUGGGGGAACCUUUCCAUUUUUGUUUUAAUAAGCACAUUUUAUAUAUAACUUCGUCAGCCCAAAAUGAGGGACAGCAUGACUUGAUUCCAAAUCGGGGACAGUUCCUCAAAAACCAGGACAGCUGGGAGCUAUGCCCACCAUUGUGGUGUGUGAUUGUGCUCCAUCCUAGCAAUAGGCCCACUUUAGGCACUGAGCACUAUAUUGUGAGAGGAAGGAGAGAGGAUCAAAUGCUGCCCCAUGCCAGGAAGUAACAGGUAUUUUACAGGGCCCUGGCUGGUGAACAGGUAAGUAAACCUGCAGCUCAACCGCCUAUUAUUGUGGCUCCCGGCUGCAUGUGUGAACAAGCCCUUAUGAUCACUUUUGACGAUUUACAAGCAAACCUUAAACACACCCAUGGUGUUUUAUGGCUGUGAGUGGAGGCAGUUGCACUGCAUUACCACAACCCUAUUCUGCUGCUGUUAUUUUUGUCACAGCUAAAGGCAACAAUGAUGGUGUGUGUACACCACCAUUUUUAGAGUAUGAAGUUGCUAUAUAAAUCCUGUAUAAUAAUAAUAUUUGGACUAUGUGUCCUGGGACAUCCAACGAAGGCUCUUUGUAGUGGGGUCCUAUGGCACAAAUCUCAUAAUGACUGUAACCAAUGCAGUGCUGUGAUCAUUACUUUCUUUGGGCCUUAUUUAUGAAUGGAUCUGGCUUUGACAAUUUGUUCUGGUCUGCUGGAUUGGGAAAACAGACUUGAGUGCUGGUUCACACCAGAAACCACACAGGAACGCAUUCCAUGUUCCUUCCAUUCAUUUACAUUUUGGGCUGUAAUUGCACUGGAUUGCACCAAAAGUAGUGCAUGCAUUACCCACAUGGAGGAAAAUUCACUGAGUUUGGGGAGUUGUUAGGAUUACAUCAACACCUGCAGCAGAUCUCCCAUCCAGUGUGUUUUGAGUAGGGGUGCAACAGAUUAAAAAACUCACGGUUUGGAUCGUUUCUCGGAUCAGCAAAAAAAAAA